AUGUUCUCGUCAGCGCCCAACCCAUACGAUGAACUCGUCCUCAAAGCCACCGACGAGAAUCUCGCCUCGGAGGACUGGGCCCUCAACAUGGAUGUCUGUGACAAGGUAUCGGGGGAAGGGGAGAAUGGAGCCCGACUGGCUAUCGCCGCGCUACAGAAGAGACUCUCCCACCGAAACCCCAAUGUGCAGAUUUACGCUCUUGAGCUGGCGAACGUCCUGGCUCAGAAUUGCGGAAAUGAGCUUCUCGGCGAGCUGUCUUCUCGGAACUGGACUCAGGCCCUCGAUAGGCUCGCGAACGACCGAACUACCGCGGCUCCCGUCAAGAAGAAGGCUCUCGUCUAUAUCAAGGAGUGGGCUAGGCAGUUUGAAGCAACCGGGAAUCCCAACUUGGGACUCAUGGGGGAGCUCUAUGACCAACUGAGAAACAAAAGUGAGUCCAGUGCUCAUGUAUGUACAAUGACACCUGACGGAGCGGAAGCUCGUAGGAGGGAAGAGGAAGAAGAGCUCCAGCGUGUUCUCGAGCUCUCCAAGCAAGACAAAGGCGGGCGCUCAACUUUUACUUACCAACCCUCUGGGUCUGCUGGGGCUUCGUCCUCUUCCGGCCCCUCUGGUGCCGCUUCCCAGCCUCCCAUCCCCGCCCCCUCUCAGCCUCAUGCCCAAGCACCUACACAGUCCCAGUAUCAACAACAACCAGCUAUCCAAGCGCCUGCACAUUCCCACUACCCUCCUCAGCCUCAGCGUAUCCAGUCGCCCCAGCCUCUCGAGUCUACGCCUCCUCAGAUCGAUAUCAACACUGCCACCCGCGUGCGCGCCAUCUACCCCUUCACGAGUGCAGAGGUUGGUGAGCUUGACUUUGAUAGGGGUGAUGUGAUCAAAGUGCUUGAUAGGGGGUUCAAGGAAUGGUGGCGAGGAGCCUGUAAUGGGAAAAUCGGUAUCUUUCCAGUGACAUAUGUCGAAGGUCUACCAGAGUUGUCCACCAGGGAAUUGCAAGAGGAGGCUCAGGAGGAGGCAAGGGUUUUUGCUUCUUUGGGCCUCGUUGAUCAACUGUUGCAAACUCUCAAGGGAAUCGAUCCUGCCCGCGGAGACAGGCUGGAUGACAGACCAGAAAUCGAGGAAAUGUACCAGGCCAGCGUAGCUCUCCAAGGGCAGAUCAAUGCCCUCAUCAAGAAGUACUCGGACCAGAAGGCCGAGCUGGAUCACAUGAACUCCAACUUUAUCAGGGCCAUAAGGCAGUACGAAGACUUGCGAAAUCCUCCUUCUCUUCCUCCCCCAGUAGUGGGCCAGGGUCAAGUCUACGACUAUGCUCCUCAGCCUCAACCUCAGCUCCACACUCAGAACUCGUACCAUGGGCAACAGCCCCAGCAAGCUGCUCAUGGUCAGACACCUUUCCCCGCUGACCCGUCGACACAAUACCCGUCAGCAGGGUACCCACAGCAGUCUGCUUCUCCCGCCUCUGGGGCUCAACAGCAGCCCCGUCUCCAGCAGCAGCAGUAUGCUCCUCAGCAUGAUCCAGCCCAACAGGGCUUGUAUUAUCAGCAAGGCAAUAGCACCAAUUCCGUGAACCGAGUCGCAUCCGCUUCUGCCCCUGUCCCAGCUGCUGGCUCCCCGGGGCAACAGACGCAGGGCUACCAACAGGGUGCCCCUCCCCAAGCUGCCCCGCCGUACCCACCUCAUACUCCACCUUCGAGGACAACGACUGAGCCGGGUGUGGCGGGGGUAGGUUCCGGGGAGCAUCAGCAAUGGGAUGCGUAUCACCAGCAGCAGGGUGAGCCUCACCAGCAAUCGCAGCAGUACUACCAUCAGAUUCCUGCUUAUGGGCAAGCGCCGCAAAGUGCUGGGUAUGGAAUGCCUGACGGACGCUCUUAUGCGCAUGUUGCACCUGCCCAGAUUGGUGCCGAGGGCGUGACGUCUGGGAUCAAUAGGAUGAGUGUUAAUGGGCCUUAG